AUGGCGAGUCAGGAAGCCCCAAGGCCCGUCUUGACUCGAGCCGAAGUCGCCAAGCACUGCACAGCGGACGAUUGCUGGUUGAUUGUGAACGACAGAGUAUAUGAUGUGACGAGAUUCGUUGACGAACACCCUGCUGGGAGAAACAUCGUUUUGCUGCAUGGCGGCAAAGACUGCACCAAAGAGUUUUUGGAGGUCCACAGUGAGGACUACAUCCUUGCAUUUGCUCCCAACUCCUUUGUGGGGUGCCUCGAAGGGUCCUCAGUGCCGCCCCCGCGAAGACCAGCCCAUGCCGCACCUGUCCAAUUCGACAGCAAUAAAGUCCUGGCGCUGCAGCGCGAUGUGUACGGGGACGCGCAUGAGGCUUACCGCGCUUCCUGCAGGGCGUUUCUCAAGCGGCACGUGUUGCCCGAGUAUGCGAAGUUUGAAGCAAAAGGGAUUGUUGGCAGAGAAGUUUAUGCCAAGAUGGCCGAUGAAGGCUUCUACCUCACACUCGGCAUACCUGUGGCUUGUGGAGGUCUUGGCCUGGACUGGAGGCAUAACUGUGUCGUUAUUGAGGAGGUGGAGGAUCUUGGAUGCGGAGGCCUGUUUGUAAACCUUGGCAACGACAUGGUUCUCUCGUACUUCACGGAGAGCUGCACAGAAGAGCAGCGAGCUCGCUGGCUCCCGAAACUGAAACGAGGUGCGGUGAUUGCCGUGGCCAUGUCCGAGCCGGAGGUUGGUAGCGAUCUCGGGAAGCUCUCCUGCCGCGCCGUGCCUUCCAAUGGCGGGUGGACGGUGAAUGGGCGGAAGAUGUGGAUCUCCAGCGGCGCAGUGGCGGAAUUGACCGUGGUCGCAUGUGUCACGGAUCCAAGCAAGGGUGCCCGUGGCAUCUCCAUGCUCGUCAUUGAGUCUGAGAUGCCGGGCGUGAGUUGUGCCAAGCGCUUCGGGAAGUUGGGGAAGCAUGCAAGCGACACUUGCCUCAUCACCCUGGAGAAUGUGUUUGUGCCUCGGGAAAACCUGGUGGGCGAGGAAGGAAUGGGAUUUCAGUACAUGAUGCAUCAUCUUCCAAGGGAGAGGCUGUCAAUUGCAGUCGCCAGCAUGGCCGCGGCUCGGCGGGCCCUGGCACUAACCGUGAACUACGCACACGGCCGCGCGGCCUUCGGUGCCAACCUGGGCACCCUGCAGGGUGUGCAGCAGGAGCUGGCCAAGCUUCGGACGGAAGUGCAGAUUGGCACCACUUUUGUGGACCGAUGCAUCUCAGACGCCUGCGACAAGAAGCUCUCUGCGGAGGGAGCUUCCAUGGCCAAGUUCUUUGCCACGGACCUCAGCUUCCAGGUGGCAGACCGCUGCCAGCAGCUCUUCGGAGGAUACGGAUAUUUGAAAAACUCACCCAUUGGCAAGAUCAUGAUGGACCAAAGAGUCACGCGCCGGGUGCUGUCAGAGUGGCAGCGGUCUGAGAGCGACAUGGUCGUCCACCUACGCGCCAAGCGUGGCGACAGGCAGACAGUGCUUGUUUAUGCGGAGUUGCUUUUUGUGGCGAAGUGGCGGCCGCACCUUCCUCUCAGAUUCGCGAAGAUCUCAGAGUCACAGCAGUUGCCGGCUGCUUUGUCAGCAGAUCGUGGCGUGGUUGCUCGACAGGCAAGUUUGGACACGCGGGGCUAUGGGGCAUCUUUGCCAGCAGAUGAUGUUACCGCGUUCAUGGAGCGGCGGCGGCAGCGGCGGCUACAGGAGGCCCUCAGUGUGGGGAGAAUGGGGAGGAUCCUCUGCGAGAAUUGGGUUGCAGAAUCCCAGGUCUACAGCAGUUCGCUGAUCCUGGCGGAGCUGCGCGCUGCUUUGGAGGCAGUGGCAACUACUCGUAGUUGCCUUGGGGAAGACUUUCGAUUGCCAUGCCCGAGCCAGGCCCUCUCAGAGCGCCUCGGUGAUCAAAGCUUCGGGGCAGGACGUGCGCAAUGUGUGCAGCACGGGCAGCAUGUCACGGUAGCCAUAGAUGCAAGAAAGGGAGUCAAGCUUACGCUUCCAUUCCGCUUUGGAGCUCUUGCAGCUUGCUACUUGGAGGGCCGACGGAAGACAUCAGCUUGUCUAGUCAAAGGACGCCCGAAGCAAGCUGGCGCUGAACUUCACGCUGAAGACAGGCACUUCCGUUGA